AUGGAGGCUUCAGGAAGGCGAACGAACAUGAGGGAAUACGGGUGGCAAAGUUUCAAGGGUUUCAUUUUCAGAAAUCCUGCUGUUGUCGACCAGCAGGAGCCACGUGUGGACGAUGGGGAUGAGAAUACUGAGCGUGGUAACUGGACCAGUAAGAAGGAGUACAUUCUCUCUAUGAUCGGAUAUGCUGUUGGUCUGGGAAAUAUCUGGAGAUUUCCGUAUUUGGCAUACAAGAAUGGAGGGGGUGCCUUUCUUAUCCCAUAUUUCGUGAUGUUGGUGGUGGUUGGAAUUCCUCUUUUCUUCUUGGAAAGUGCCUUAGGUCAAUUCUGCAGCCAAGGUCCAGUUAAUGUAUGGAGAGCAGUGCCAUUAAUACAGGGUAUUGGUGUUGCCAUGGUUGUGGUGUCUGUAAUAGUGUCUAUUUAUUACAACGUCAUCAUCGCCUACAGCCUGUACUACAUGUUCGCCUCCAUGCAGUGUCCUCUGCCGUGGUCCGGCUGUUCCAGCUGCGAUGGCAGUAACUGCAGCACCGCGCCUGAAGGUGCCGGUGCUUUGGUUACCAACUGGACUCGGGAAAACAGCAGCUGCUCUUCGAUACAGACUCCGAGUGAGCUGUACUGGGACAAAGUGGCUCUGCAGAGGUCCAGUGGUCUUGAUGAAACGGGGCCAGUAGUUUGGCACUUGGCUCUCUGUCUGCUGCUGACCUCCAUAAUUGUUACUGCUGCGCUCAUCAAAGGCAUCAAAUCAUCAGGCAAAGUUGUGUAUUUCACUGCUACCUUCCCUUACGUGGUGAUUGUGAUCCUGCUGAUCAGAGGUGUGACUCUAGAGGGAGCCAAAGAUGGGAUUGAGUUCUACAUUGGUUCUCAGUCCAAUCUGACCAAACUGACUGAAGUUCAGGUGUGGAAAGAUGCAGCAACUCAGACCUUCUACUCUCUCUCUAUUGGCUGGGGUGGACUCAUUGCUCUUGCUUCCUAUAACAACUUUCACAACAACGUGUUCAAGGACUCGUUUGUUGUCACCCUUACUAAUGCAGGGACCAGUGUGCUUGCAGGCUUUGCCAUAUUUUCAAUUUUGGGACAUAUGGCUCACGUCUACAAAACGCCAGUUUCAAAAGUGGUAAAGGAAGGGUUUGGUCUGGCUUUCAUAGCCUAUCCAGAUGCUCUGUCUAAGCUCCCCAUCUCCCCGCUGUGGUCCAUUUUGUUCUUCUUCAUGCUUUUGACUGUCGGUUUGGACUCCCAGUUUGCAGGAAUAGAGGUGAUAACGACCUGCCUGCUCGACGCUUUCCCCACAGUCUUCAAAUCCAAACAUGCCUUAUUAACUGUAACGUUAUGUUCUGUCCUCUACCUCCUGGGUUUACCAUGUGUCACAAGGGCAGGAGUAUACUGGGUAACCCUAAUUGACCAGUUUAUUGCCAGCUGGGUGCUGCUAUUUUUGGUGCUUUUGGAGAUUAUUGCCAUCUGCUACAUUUACGGAGGAAACCGUUUUAUUAAAGACAUUGAGAUGAUGAUUGGAAUGAAGACUUCCACAUUUUGGCUGUGGUGGAGAGCAUGUUGGUUCUUUAUCACCCCCUGCAUCGUAGUGUUCCUCUUGAUCUCGACUGUGGUUUACUUUGAACCCCCUAACUAUGGAGGUAUCCCCUACCCAGACUGGGGCAUGACUUUAGGCUGGUGCAUGAUUGCAUUUGCCCUGAUGUGGAUCCCUGUUGUUGCUGGGUAUAAGCUGAUAAAAGCAAAAGGAAACCCCUGGAAGCGUCUGAAGUCACUGUGCUCGCCAUCUGAGGAAUGGCAUCCCUAUUUGGAUGUCCAUCGAGGGGAUCGCUACUCAGAAGAACGCUGCCACCGUAGGAAUAACAGCAAAAAUAAAGCAGAAGUUAAUCUGAAUGCAAUCUCCAGCUCGUGGCUAUAA